AUGGACGUCAAGCUAUUACCGGACUUUCAAAUGCUGCCCUAUCCAGCUCUCGACUCCAAAGACCAACCAGACGAUCUAAUUACCCUCAAAACAUCCUCCUCCUGGACCUACUGCGGGCCCCUCCUAUCCCUGAAUGCAGACACCCUCCCAUGCUCUUUCAACACCUGGGCCCAAGCAACAAUAAACGGUUCAAUCAUACCAUCCCUCUUCUCAUUCCUAAGCUACACCCACGAAUUCCUAUCAAAAAAUAGCCAGUCCCAUUACUGGCUCACGAUCCGAGCAAGUAAACCCACCAAUGAAUUUGAUAUUCCGCGCUGGCAUACGGAUGAUCUAUUUUUUUCCUCGCCAUCACAACAAACAGCUACAAGCACAACACCUACUACCAAUAACGCCUCAAAACGAGCACGCUUCACCCAGCUAUCUAAUAUCCUUAAACUACAGACAACCCCUCAAAGCAAACCAACACCAAAGCCCCCAAACUGGAAACUAACAACAACCCUCCUAGGCCCAGGCACCCUCUUCAUCCCAACAACCUCAAGCAGUCUCGCGCGCAAAGCCCAAAAAAGCGCAAAGCAAACAGCCCGUUCCAAGAACCCAGAUCACAUUUGUCUCUCCAUCCGCUGUACAGGCUGCGCAAUGGCCGCGGAAUCCGUCCGAGAAACACUAGCCGCACAGCUGGGCCAUGGCUAUCCCGACGACAAUGACCAUCGAGCUAGUGAUGGCGGUAGCGUGGUCCAAGCAUUACCCGGGCAGUGUGUGUUUUUCCGAGUUGGCGAGGAAGAAGGCGCAGUUCAUUCCGAGCCUGUCUCCCAUUCAGAUCGGGUUUUUGUUAACGUCGUUCCUGGUUCGAGGAAAGAUCUUGAGGCUCUUAUGGGGAGGUGGGGGAUGGAAUUUCCUCGGGCUUGGUUUUUUGGGUUGGAUUUUGGGGAUUUGGGGGUUUAG